AGAGUGUGGGUGUGACUCUCUCGCGCCUCAUCAGCUCACCAGUGUGUCGGGACCACUCCUGACGGCUGCACGUAUUCUCUGUGCUCUUCUGCGCCACCGUCCGUCUGCCAUUCGGGGUCGUCGCUUACCCCCCCCCCUCUCCUACAGUGCCAAGACCUUAUAUAAAACCCUCCUAACGCGAAACACUCCGUCAGCGCCUUCGUGUAGUUCCCCCCCCCCCUCCAUGCCAUCUCAAAUAACUCAGUGUUUUGAAAGUACACGAAUUUUAUUUUAUUAUUUUUUGAGUUGGAAUACAAGUUUUGCUGGACAACAUAACCUCCUGUGACAGUGACCUAACUUGAACCCGAGUGUCAAAUAAGGUCAAGGACUGGUCGUAAAUGUGUGUGGGCUCAACACUUAAUGACCCCUGGUGACCUAGCGCACCUGUUGACCUCCCUUGAUUACCUAGAACACCCGGUGACCUGAUUUGAUUACCUAGAACACCUAGUGACCUGAUAUGAUGACUUUGAACACCUGGUGAUCUGGCCAAAUGAUUCAGAACACCUGAUGACCCACCCUAAUGACCUUGAAUCCAAUGGGGUGACUCCCUGAUGAGGCUGGCGUCAGGAUGAGGUACGGAGAGGGCGAGGAUCUGGACGAGGUCAGCUUAGGUCGCGGAGGGGAAGAGGUCAAAGUGGCAGACGGACCCAUCUACUACCGGGUUAACGAUGACAACACUGGCCCGGAGCUCUUUAUGGAGGUGUGUGUGGAGCGAGGGUGGAGGGCGUGGGAAGGAGCUGUAGAAGGCGAUGAAUGGGGAGGUCCUGGGUCUUCCUGGCAUCUGUGGUGGCGUCACGGCUUCCCUCCAGGAGUCUACAGGAGGCUGAAGCCCUACCAGGUCAUUAACCAUAUACCGCGGGCUAAUGGGCUCUGCAAGAAGGACAGUCUGGCGAGAGCUCUGCAGAAGAUGAAACACGUGUUUGGCUCAGUCUUCGAUUUCAUACCAGCUACGUACCUGCUGCCGUGCGAAUACACCAAGCUAGUGGCCGAGUACACACGACUAAUGUACCACACCAAACAGGACCAGGGGGGCAAGAACUCAACAAACACAGGUCACGUGGGGUCACUAGGGGUAGGCCAAGCCAUGGGUCAGGUCAAUCAAGACCCCGCCCCCCACAAUAUCUGGAUCUGUAAGCCCAUUAGUAGUUCUCAAGGGCGAGGCAUCUCCAUCUUCCAGGACCUACACGAGUUAAGUUACACCUCCAGCGCCGUGGUCCAGAGGUAUAUACACAACCCUCUCCUGGUGGGGGGCUAUAAGUGUGAUGUUCGUCUGUAUGUCCUCGUCACCUCAUUCCUCCCCCUCACCGUUUACCUCUACACCGAAGGGAUUGUCCGGUUUGGGACAGAGAAGUACAGCUUGGCUUCUCUGGAUAACAUCUUCAGCCACUUGACCAACACGUCCCUAAACAAGUUAGCUCCGGGUUACAGAAUGGAGAAGGAGAGAGUAGGUGCUGGCUGUAAGUGGACGGUGGGCGAGUUACGGAGGUACUUGAAUGGUAGUGGACAGAGAGACUGGUUACUGUGGCAGAGGGUCAGUAUUCUCGUCUCUCUCACUCUCCUUACUCAAGUCGGCCACGUCCCCCACCACCACAACUGUUUUGAACUCUACGGCUUCGAUAUAUUGGUGGACGACACGCUGACGCCGUCGCUGCUGGAGGUCAACCGCUGCCCCUCACUCAGCUACGACUGUGAUGUUGACCGGGUGGUCAAAAAGCCUCUCCUCCACCACCUCUUUGACCUGCUCGGGCCCCCCAAAGUGGCUGAGCCUCUAGGACGCGCCCUCAGGCCCCCGGUCCUCAUCCUGCUGGCCCGCGAGAGACAUAAGAAGGACAGCGAGAAGGACUCCUCCAUCCUUAACGACGACCUCUGCACCGCCCUCGACCUGAAGCAGUACAAGCGACUGAUGGAGAGCUUCGAGAUGUUCCGGCCGAACCUACGGACAAGGAAGUCACGCAGCAGUGUGUGUGAGGACUGUGAGGAGAGCGGGUACAGGCCACCCGCCACGUCUCCCGACGCCCGCCAUUCCACCCCGGGUUCCUACAGCAUUGAAAACUUCCGCGUCGUCGGCAAGAAAGACACUCAGAGGAACUCCAACGCAAAGGGUGUCUCUCCGCCAGGUGGUGGGCGGUGCGUGGCGCCGCGUAGACGACGAUCCAUCUCGUCCCUAUCGGGCGUCCCUCACGACCCGCUGGUGCCGGAGGAACUGAGUCUUGACACGUUCGUCCCCGUCACCUUCAACACGACGUUCCAGCGAGUGCGUCGCCAAUUCGUCAACAACCACAGCAGCAGAAGCUACAUGUCGCUGGUCAGGAGUGGUCGAGAGGGCCAGGUGAUGGACCUGGGUGGUCGUGGGCGGCCCAGCUCGUCUCGUCGUGGUGAGGGAGGUCGUGGUCCACAGCGGUGCCCGGCGCGGAGCGGGGACUGGGUGAGGACGUUCCCGUACAAUGCAGCGACGCUACACGCCAGCAAGGACCCUCUGUACACCAAGACGCUGGUGUCAGAGCUGCACAAGUACAAGAGAGCGUGUGAGAAGGUGUUUAGAGACAACCCCGCCGCCGCUGACGACUUCCUGGACGCCUUAGUGCAGAAGAUGUUGUGGAGAGACAGUGUCAUAUGGAGGCCCAAGACUUAACCUCUAGUGCGUUAAUUUAGCCUUAAGUGUUUUACUCUUAGUCACAGAGGAGAUAAGUGUUACCUUAGCUUCGUCACCUGAGACCUUCACUGCCAGAAAUGUCCGCAUCUAGCAACUAUAUACUGUAUCAACUCGUCCGUUCCGAGAUGACGAGCUGUUUUGUGCCUUUACAUUCAUCCCUUUUGGCGUUAGACUCGGCUCGUCCCGCUGGCUGACACUGGUUCAUCACCUGCACUAGUUCCUCCCCUCGCGCGCCUCAACCUUCUCCAUGUCACCUCCCUCGGGAAUCUAUUUUUUUCUCAGCGGGCAGAUCCUGAGGGAGGGUUUGUGUACAACGUGGCCGGCCUGCCACUGUGGGGGCUCUCCAUGCCCUCAUCUCCAUAUUAAAUGUUUGUUAUUAUAACCAUCAUGAGUUUAUUAAUAUCCUGAAGCCAAUGGGUUAGGUCUGUUGUGUCUUGAUCACUGCACCACUAGCACAGCCCUGCCCCUUAAAUUGCACAGUCCUGACCCCUAAAUUGCAUAGUCCUGACCCAUAAAUUGCACAGUCCUACCCCUUAAACUGCACAGUCCUACACCUUAAUACAACCUCAGCCAAGAGGAAUGUUUUGGUACCAGGCGAUAAUGGCGUCUAUCAGCUGAUGUAAUAAAAAAUGGUGCGGAAGAUAAUGUACUUGAUGGAGCUUCACUUGUGUUUCAAUCUGUCAAGAGCUUAACGUCUGUAUAACACAUUGUACCUCCCUAGUCACAGUGUACCAUCAGUAACAGGUUCGAGGAUAAUAAACAACACUGAAUAGAAAUUAAAACUACUGUACACUCAAAGGAUAUGUAGUUAUAAGGAGGGUAAUAAAGGAAUGAUUAUGGGUGAACGAUAAUAUGUUGAGUGUUCUAGACAACGUUAUAAAAUGGGGCCUCAAUCACCAUCCUGAGGUAGUAGUUGUCUGGUUAUUGUGUACCUCC